CUUUAAAUGACAUCCGGCGGUCAACAGCUCAUGAUAUCAUUUAACUGAAGGCUUACAGUUGAAUUUUAAUAAUUUUUGUCAUUAACACUUACCGUUCAAAUAAUUUGUAUUUUUAUAAAUUGAAAUAAAUGUUUUUCAAUGGUCUGUAUGAACCCGUACUAGCUUGUUUCGAAUACUUGGCAUUUAUCUCGUUGUAGCUUUGCGCGAAAUUCAAACUAAACCAAACAUCUUCUGCACAGGAUAAUAGACGGUAGUCUCUAAUUUAUACACAAGAGUGUAUAUCUAUUUAACUCCAUCUGUAGAAUUCGGAAGUUUUUAUAUAAUGAUCUAAGUAAACAGGUAAAGUAACAAUGUUUUCUACAAUGAAGAACUGUGUAAUGUAUCCUUCAGAUCGAGAUUUAGUUUACUGUUACGAUACUCAGAACACUUUAAUUUGAUUUUUGUUUCAGCUAAUAAACAAGCAUGAAUGCCAAGACUUAAAUUUUGUUGUGAAUGAUAUGAUGGAGAUUAUGAAAGACAAAAAUGGUAGAAUAUUGGACGUUGGGGCUGGGACAGGAGCCAAUGGAAAACUGCUAAAACAACAUGGGUACAACAACAUUGAUGCCUUGGAUGGAAGUAAAGAAAUGCUGAAAAUAGCCAAAACGAAAAACUUGUACGAUAAUUUAAUUCAUCUUAUUUUGAAGGGUGGUGUUCGCAUCCCUAAUGUUGAAAAUGACACCUACAGUGCUGUUGUCAUGAGUGGAGUAUUUUGUCCAAACCAUUGUGACUCUACGAUUUUUCCCGAGUUGAUUCGUGUUGUGAAACCAGGUCAUGAUCAACAUGGAGCUAUAAACUGCAAUAACAAGUCGAUGAUCAGUGCAGGAGAUGCAAACUGAGAUAACAAUACCGUGAUCAACUAUCUUCAGACACACUCCACCAGUGAGUAU